UUCGGGAUGCCCUUCUCUGCCUUUAUAAGCGGGUUGCUCAUUUAGGAUCCUACACAAGUUCUAAUUCUGGUUCAUGGUCGGAGAUCAGUUAGUUGCAGAGAUAUUUUUGAGAAGAUUUGAUUGAAACGCAAAUAGACAAGGUAAUCAAGUAGAGGCGAUGGCAGUAGUUUCAGGAAGAACAUCAACUCUAAACCCAUAUGCCCCUGUGUUUAUCCCAGCAGCUUUUCGGCAAGUAGAGGAUUUCUCCCAAGAGUGGUGGGAGUUGGUGAAGACCUCUACAUGGUUCCGUGACUAUUGGCUAUCCCAGCAUCAGGAAGAGGAGAGCUUCAUCAGCUACUCCGUUGAUGAGGAUGAUGACAUAGCAAAUUUGCUUCCAGACUCAUUUGAUCUUGGCAUUGAUGAGGAACCUACUUUGGAGUUUCAAAUGCAGGAGUUUGUGGGGUUUAUGGAAGAUUCAAACGAAUCAGCUGUGAUAGCAAAAGGGAGACCACGGAAUGGCUUGGCGUCUGACGCUAAUGAAGCUUUGAUGAAGAACCUUGAAUUGUUGAAAUCUCCUAAGGAAAGAGGAGUGAAGUAUAUGGUGGAGCCUGCAAAGUAUAGGGAGAAGGCACCCCAGUGCUUAAGCCCAAAGUGCAGCCCUCGCCGCAUCCAACAGCCUCGUUGAAGGUUUGGAGACUUGGCAAGAUUUGGAUUUGGAACGCUG